AUGCAGGGAAGGCUUCCUUCGAUGCAACCGACCGUUGUCCUCCUUAGGGAGGGCACCGACACCUCCCAGGGAACCCCCCAGCUCCUGUCCAACAUCUCUGCGUGUAUUGCUGUUGCGCAGACGAUUGCCACGACUCUCGGUCCCCGCGGUAUGGACAAGCUGAUCGUGGACGAGCGCGGAAACGCGACCAUUUCCAACGACGGUGCCACCCUCCUCAAGCUUCUUGACAUUGUUCAUCCCGCUGCGCGCACUCUUGUCGACAUUGCCCGUGCUCAGGACGCCGAGGUUGGUGACGGAACCACCUCUGUUGUUCUCCUGGCCGCCGAGAUCCUGAAGGAGGUCCGACCAUACGUCGAGGAGGGUGUCGGAGUCCACACUAUCAUCAAGGGACUGAAGGAGGCUCGUGAUCUGGCCGUUAAGAAGAUCAACGAGAUUGCUGUCACGAUUGACAAGUCGAACAAGGAGGAGUUCCGCGACCUUCUGCUGAAGUGCGCGUCAACGUCGAUGUCGUCAAAGCUCAUUCACUCCCAAAUGCCCUUCUUCUCCAAUAUGGUUGUUGACGCCGUUCUGUCGCUUGACCAGGAUGACCUGGACGAGUCGCUGAUUGGUGUCAAGAAGGUGCCGGGUGGAGGUAUGCAGGACUCGGAGCUGAUCAAGGGUGUCGCGUUCAAGAAGACCUUCUCGUACGCUGGAUUCGAGCAGCAGCCCAAGCAGUUCGACAACCCCAAGAUUCUUUGCCUGAACGUCGAGCUUGAGCUUAAGGCCGAGAAGGACAACGCCGAGAUCCGUGUCAAUGAGGUGUCCGAGUACCAGGCUAUCGUCGACGCCGAGUGGACCAUCAUCUACCGCAAGCUCGAGGCGAUCGUCGCCACCGGUGCCAAGGUUGUUCUUUCGAAGCUCCCCAUUGGAGACCUCGCCACGCAGUACUUCGCCGACCGCGACAUCUUCUGUGCUGGACGCGUUGCUGGUGACGACAUGAAGCGUGUGGUUCAGGCUGUUGGCGGAUCGGUUCAGUCGACGACCUCCGACAUCAAGCCCGAGUACCUCGGAACCUGUGGUCACUUUGAGGAGAAGCAGGUCGGUGGAGAGCGAUUCAACGUCUUCGAGGACUGCCCGCGUGCCAAGACGUGUACGCUCAUCCUGCGUGGAGGCGCCGAGCAGUUCAUUGCCGAGGUCGAGCGUUCGCUGCACGACUCGAUCAUGGUUGUCAAGCGUGCGAUCAAGAACAACCAGGUCGUCGCCGGUGGUGGUGCGUGCGAGAUGGAGAUCUCCAAGUACCUGCGAAACUACAGCCGCACGAUCAUGGGCAAGCAGCAGCUCAUUGUCGGCGCCGUCGCCAAGGCGCUCGAGGUCAUCCCGCGCCAGAUCUGCGACAACGCCGGCCUCGACGCGACUGAUGUUCUUAACAAGCUCCGCAUGGGUCACGCCAAGGGCGACACGUGGGCCGGCGUCGACGUCGACGGCGAGGGUGUCGGCGACAACAUGAAGCGCUUCGUGUGGGAGCCUGCGCUCGUCAAGAUUAACGCGCUCUCGUCCGCCAUCGAGGCUGCUUGCCUCAUCCUCUCCGUCGACGAGACGGUGCGUAACCCCCAGAGCGAGGCGCAGCAGGCCGGCCCGCCCGCGCCCCGCGGCGCGGCUCAGCGUGCCCUCCGCGGCAGGCCGGGAAGGCGAUAG